UGCGUGCGUGCGUGUGUGUGUGAAAGAGAAAGAGAGGGACCGAGAGUGCGCGGUGAGCGACAGGCGAGCCAGUUCGCGAGAGAGGGAGCGAGGAGAGAAUGCCGGGAGGCAGCGUCGUCAUGGGAGCCGACUCCUGGAGGCGGGCGCUCAGAGCCGCGUUCGUCCUCGUCGUCGCCAUUGAUGUCGUAGUAUCGGUGGAGGUGCACUUUGAAAAUAAGGACGGGGGAUUCUUUUUGAAGCAUAGUCCACGGCAAUUUUACCCGACGAAUCUGCGCCCGGAUCUGAGCCUGAUGUCGAGUGGUUCCUCAACGUCCGGCUCGACGAGCGCAUCGUCCACUCCAUCGUCGACACAGCAGCAACAACAACAGAGGCAGCAGAAGCAGCAGCAACAGCAGCAACAGCAGCAACAGCAGCAACAGCAGCAACAGCAGCAGGGAUCGUCGAUACUCUCGAUCGACAAAUUCACCGUCUUCCAGACGAGCGAACCCGUGUCGGUGCGCGCAACCUACGGGCCCUUCAGCACCAAGCAGACGGUGCCUGCGCGCUACAUAGUGCCGGAUCCUCUGGACGUAAUGCCGGUGCCGAACAUCGACCCCAGAAAGAAUAACGGCAGCAGUUUCAUCGGGUCUACGCUUUUGGAACUCCAAGAGCUCGGCGCUCGACACUUGGAUAUGUCCGCUCACCUGGUAAGCACGAGCAUACCCAGGGACUCGCCGGUUUUGCGGGUCCUCUUUCACGCUGGCAACGAGGCCACAGGUCGACGCCAGCUGCUCCUGGGUCGUCAUCAACGCGUCUGCGUCCUCCUGCACGCGAGCCCGAGCGCACAGAGUCGACCGGGCGACGCCGACGGCGACGGCCUCGCCGGGGGUCCCCUCACCGCGACCUGCAGCCCCGACGGCCAAGACGGAGUUUGCCUCGCCCAGAUCACGGUGCCCGCGAGUUGGUGGCCUCCCCUGCCGCCUCCAGACUCCACGGGCCGCGUCAAGCCCGUCAAGACGCUCCCGAGGACGGUGCAGCUGUCGUAUUCGGUGCUGGAGCCGCGUGAUCCCGAGGAGGCUGCGGGUCACGUUCUCGAUUCCGGGGUGGGUUCGUUCUGCCAGCCGAAGGUCCAGAUACAACCGGUGACGCCCCUUGGGCAGGCGACUCUCGCGCCCAACCGCGCGACCUACAAGGAACUCAAGACCGACGAGUAUCUGACCCUCCUGGUACCUCAUGGACCGCUCUAUCCCCGCUCCAGGCUACACAUACCCGUCUUCCUCCAGUCGCACUCGUCGAAGCAGACGAGCCAGGGUAGGCCACCCGUCGCCGCUGUUUUGCUCAGAGCGAGAGUGAAGGCGGGAGUUAAAAUUUUGGAUGCAUCGUCGAGUAGCCCUGAUUGGAUCAUCGAGUCUGAUAUAAAUAUAAAAAAUACGGCUGCUACUUUCACCGCAAGGCGAAAGGAAAAUGUAUCUCGACUGCCAAAUGCCUCGGCCGAGGAGAUAAUGACGAUGUUGCUGGAGGCGAGCGAGGAGAACACCGAGAGCAAGGAGCACGGGGGCGACCGUAUUGUCUGGAGCGUGCGCUACGCCCUCGAGGGCGAGGAGGACAACGUCUCCCUGGCCGGGCCCUUCCAGUCGAAUCAGCAGCAGCAGCACCACCAUCACCAUAACGGGGCCGGCGAUCGCAAGAAGCUCCAAGCCCAUCUCGAGAUACAGAAGGACGACAUCCAAGCGGUCCUGCCCAUUUCCAAGAAUUGGGAGGUGAUGAAUACGGCAGUGCUGACUGGGAGGCAAAUUUCUCAAGCGAUAAAAGUGUUUAUCGUGAGCCAAGCUGGAAGAGUCGCUGAUGUCACUCUUCAAUCGUCUUGCCAUUCCGAGGAUGAAAGUGUACUGAAGGUAUCCUCGUCGUGCAGCAGCGUGUACGUCGACGGCUCGGAGAUCCGUGGCUCGAGCAACGCCUCGGUUCUCUUCAAGUACGGUACUUACACGGGCUUGGCGCGCUUCACCGUCUGGAUGCCGGAGUUCCCGCUCGAGGUCUCGGUAACGGACACGAGGCUGAAUCAGAUAAAGGGUUGGAAGGUACCCGAAGAGCAUCCGAUAGCUAAGAACAAGCGGAGCCUGAACGCGAGCGCGGAGGGCAAGAGGACGGCCCCGAGAAAGAGGGGUGCAGCGCUCGAGCACCGCGCCAAAAACGCCGGCCUCGCGCGGAAGGGAAAGCGACGGCUGGUGAACGGCGAGGAGCUGGAUCAUAACGAGGAUGAUGAAGAUGACGAUGAUGAGGAGGAUGAGGAUGAGGAUGAUGAUGGGGACGACGAGGAGGGUGAUAACGAGGAGGGGGAGGAGGAUGAGGUGGACGGCGACGAUGAGGAGGGGCCGAGGACAGAGGAGGAGGAUGAGGAGGAGGAGGAGGAGGAGGACCCAGGGGGACUCGGAGUGGGCAAGAUGAGGUUCCGUAGCGGUGAUAAAUGGGACGAAAUCAACUCGAUCGAUCGCACCGCCACGACCGCCAGUUGUCGGCUUAGAUUUCAGCAGAGCCCCGUCGACGUGCACGUGCGCUUCCUCGCCGUGGAUCACGACUCCGGACGCGUCUCGUACUUUGUGAACAGGCGCACGUGGCUACGAGUAACGGACCUCGUGGCUGGUCUUUUGCGCGUGUCGGAUCCGCGCAUCGCUACGCUCGUCCAGGGCAGGAUCGUGCAAGGACGCGGCAUCGGCAGAACCGAGGUCCAGGUGCUUUCACCCAUCAAUGGUCGGGUGAUCGGGGCGAAGGAGGUGCGGGUCGGCAACGACCGCGUCUCCAUCUCCCAGCUCUCUGUGAAGGUCGUCUCGGGACUGCAGCUCAACAUCAGUCCGGAUAGCGCAAUCGAGAAUGGCUACGUGGCCGAGACGUCGGUCACGAGGAAGCUCACAGCCCAAUACCAGGAGGGCCUCCUCGACAUUGACAUCGAGUUCUCCGAUGGCACGAGGACACCGCUCCGUGAGAUUGCGGUAAGUGACUACCAGUUGAUGGUAGAGAGCCUGGACCCGGAUGUGGUGGCGUUCGCCCCGAUGGUGGCCUCUCACCAUCCGCGGGUGAUCGCGGUCGGCGAGGGUCGCGGUGAUCUUCUACGGGUCAGCCUCCAGCUGUCUGACGUCUGCCGCCUGGCGAAUCGUCGGGCGAAAGCCGCGACCUCGAGGUCCGCGGUCGUAUUGCCCCUUGCGACGGCCUCGGCCAACGUCGAGGUCGACUUCACCUCGGGCGACCAGCCAAGCCGACCAGAAUUCGUGCAGAACGACGGGGGCGGCAACCUCGGCCUCGGCGCCCAUCAUCGAGAGCGCAAGACCGGGAGGGACAUCGCCCCGGAUCUUCACGACAUCCUCAUUGCUUCGAAACUUUCAGGAGGCAUGGGAGGCGUGGGUAUACGUCACAACGGGGGCCCGCGUAUGACGCCCCUCGAGAUCGGCAUGUACGUGCUGCUCGCAGCCUUCUGUUUCGCCAUCGUCGUAUUCGUAGUCUCGUGCGUCGUCUACGCGAGCAAGUUCAAGCCCCAGAGCUCGACGGAGUCGGCCCUACCGGUGCUACCGGUAAUAGGGGCCGCAAGGGCCGCCGCCAGCCAAUUCGGCCAGAACCGAAGCAGGCCGAGGGAAUCCACGACCAACGCCCACGACUGGGUCUGGCUUGGCAGGGCGACCUUGGAACGCGCUGCCUGCGCACCCCAGCAGGUUCGUGUCACGAGUAAUCCACUGUUGGCCGAGCCGGAGGACGAGACAAUGGAUCUUGCGACGAGCUUCGACAAUCCAAACCACGUGGAGCUGCCGUCACUGGGAUUGCACUCGAGCACGACUUCGUCGGCGGCGGUUCCCAUCGACACAACCACCUAUUGCAAGCGCGACAAGACGCCGCGCAGCUUCGCUUCCAGACCCUCGCCCACAUCCGCACACCGAAAAGAGUCAGUAUUUUAUAAUAAUAGUCCCAGCGUCUUAAUCGAAUGGGUGGGUGGUCGUUGCGGCUUAACUUGGCACGUAGAUCCUACGACCAUCGCGAUCGAUUUCGUCAAAAGCUACGCGACAUCGAUUCUUCCUAACAACGGAGGCUGGGCCAAUGGGCUGCUUUGGGAUUCGAAAUUCAACGAUAGAGAUCGUGACACGGGCGCUUUGUGGUUGUGCAGUAACGAUGUCUCCUGCUCCUCGUCGGCAUCGUCGUCGUCCUCGUCGUCGUCGUCGUCGUCGUCUUCGUCGCCACCGGCACCACCGCUACCACCUCACAAGGCCUCGAAGCAAUCGGGUGAGAACGGUAACGAGGACUACAAGCCCCCGGUGCCGCCUCACCGCAACGGCUCGGGAGCCCACACCCGGCACCCGGAGACGCCCAAGCGUCGACAUCACCAUCAGCGCGCCAACAGUAGCGGGGAUCAUGGGGCAGGCAGACGGCACGAGUCCAGCCCCGGCAAGCACCAUUACCAUCGACAGGUUAAGACCAGUCGCUCCAAGGCCAUAGGCUGCGCCGAGCAGCCGCCACCCAAGGAGGCCAACUACAACGCCGAUCUUGCCUUCGUUGAGGUGCUCACGACGACAGCGACGAUGGCAACGACGAUGGCAACGACGAUGGCAACGACGAUGGCAACGACGACAACGACGGCGACCGCGACGGCGACGACGACAACGGCCACGACGGCCACAGCGGCUACGAGCACGAGUCCCGGCCUUGACGACCUCAACCUCGGCAUGGACUACAAUCAGAUAAUGCAGUACUUCGACAACCUGAAGGAGUCGAACGCCUAGGGUAGGGCCAGGGGCAGCCGCGACCGCAGCAGCCUACGCUUCAUUUUCAGUAGCUCGCAGCAGCACACGCAUUCGCAGUAGGACUCGUUGGGUACUUGGACCAGCCGCGUGACCGGUGCCGACUCGUCUCACGAUACUCCCGUCGUCUCUCACUAUGUUGUAGAGGGAAUGAGCAAAGCUUCGUGGGUGUAUCCCCGCGUCGCUGGAUGAGCCGAAAGCGAGAAAUCUCGAUGCUCUUGGCUAGUGUCCGUGACAGCGGAAAUGUCUAAUAUUUCUUAAAUAAGCUUACGGUACCGAACCCCUGGGUUCGGUUCGGAUUACUUGGGUUACUUGGACACGGCUCGUUCCGAUAUUAUUGGCUCCAGUCCCCCUAGUACCCGUCUCUACUUUUUAUGAUUAUUUCUUCUUCUUCAUUUU